CCACCAUGCACAUGGUGCCAUCAGGUCCACCACAACCUAACGUUUGCCGCGCGACACCAUCGACGACAAUAUGCCGCUUGGCCACCAUACACCGCCACCACCUGCGAGAAAGCAUGCAGAGCACAUGACCCUUCUCGUGUCGUCCGAUGCGGUUGUUGCUCCAACGAGAAACCAUCGUAUGCUUGGCUUGAGCAUGGUAGCUCUGGCGUCGUUCUUGAUCAGUAUCAUGUCCGCGUGCAUCAAGUUCGAAGGGUCGAGUCUGUCGUCCAUGGAGACGGUGUUCUGGCGGUGUGCAAUCUCGUACGUCUAUGUUGUGAUGUUGGCAUUGUAUUGGCGCAUGGACUUGGUCGUGCCCCGCGAAUUCCACUGGGACCUGACGUGGCGCUGCAUCUACGGGUUUGUCACAUGUGCGACGUUGUUCUGGACGAUCAAGGAAAUGACGUUAGCUGACGCGCACGUCCUCGCCUUUACCAGUCCCGUGCUCACGUUCUUCCUUGGGGCGUGGCUACUGGGCGAAGCCAUCGCCUCCGUCGACCUCGGAUGUGCAGUCGUGUCGUUAGUUGGGGUCGUGUGCGUGUGCCAGCCCGCGUUUUUGUUCGGAUCAGCCGCUCAAGCCGCGACCAACCCGUAUGCGCCAUGGGGUGGCAUCAUGUCUGCCGUCUUGAUCGCACUCACAUAUGUGCAUCUGCACAAACUCGCGGCGCUCCAUUAUGUGGUGGUGACGCACUACUUUUUACUCACGUCCGCGGCUGCCGCGGGCCUGUGGGUGAUCGUCAUGGAAGGCGGGGAGUUUCACCUGUUACGACCAGACGCGAACCCUGCUGUGGUGUGGGCGGCCUUUGUCGGUGGUACCGUGGGGUUUGUGGGCCAGUUAUGCCUGACCAAGGGGUUUCAGAUCGAAAAGAUUGGUAUCUCGUCCGUGAUUCGAUACCUCGAUGUCGUGUUUGCGUUUCUAUGGGAUGCAGUGUGGCUCCAUGAGCCCAUCCACGGAUGGAGUGUCGUGGGAGCGGCGUUGAUCAUUGCGUGUGCCGCGGUGAUCUUUUUACGAAAAUCCCGCGGCCAAGCCUAGAUGGGGUGAGAGGUCGUAAUACCUCGGUUGGUGAAAUACAUACAGUCUGGUUUGACGGCCCAGAACAAGAAAUGAUUGUUGCCAUAUAAUACUAGUACUGAUCUCCCCCCUUAAACGAAACGGGGUAAACUUGAUAAUUUUUGAAACUUUAUAUUAUCCAACCAUAUCGGAAGGUGAUGACUUUUUCAAAAUUCGAACACUUGAAUCGUUUGGCAUUGAAAUGGAUGACAUCACUUCCACUGUGAGAAACUGCUGGAGACGCACUGGCAUACUCAGCUCUGACUUGGAGACGCCCAGCGCUUGAAUGCAUGUAUAAAUGGUUGGUUCAGACAGCCUGCAAAUACCUGUAAGAGUUAAUUUACUGUGUGAAUUGCAUAAUUUGCUCCGUUUCGUUUAAGGGUGGAGAUCAGUACUAAUA